AUUUGUAGCGGUCGACUAAUACCAAAGAGUCCCGCCAAUAGUUGACAAAUCAAAUGCAGGAAGGGGAAAACGGUCACGAACUCCUCCGAUGCUCAGACGUUUCCCCGCCAGACAUGCCCAUCUUCUGCUAGCAAGAGACGUCCCCUUUCUCUUACCUGUCUCCCUUCUCCACAACCACACCAGAGUCUUUGUCCCCACAAAUCCCCCCAAACCUGCAGAUGAGCUCGAGGAGCUUCCAUGUUCGAAGCCCACCACCAAUACAGCACCUGCAUCAUCAUCGACCGCGAAGGUCUCGCAUCCGUGGCCCGAGUGGGUGAAUUUGAUGGAUGUUCUGUCGAGGGAAGGCUACUUCGAUGGAGAUGGAGACCCUUUUCAUGUUAACGGUGGAGCGUUGGGUCCCAAGGAGUCCAACUCUAUUAGGACCGCCUGCCUCAAUUUUGCCCGUGACCGGAAUCAUAUUAUGGGGUGUUUGUCAAGUAAACACAUCCGAGUCAUUGUAGAAUGUGGUUGCCCAAGCACGGAUAGAAAAGUCGUCAACUCCAGCAAACGCCUGAGGGCGUAUCUUGGCCUUGAUGAAAGCAAUGUUUGCAGCUCCUGCAACCUGCGAGGAAACUGUGAGAGGGCAUUUGUGGAGGCACAGGAAGGUGAAUGUGGGAGAACCGUCGAUGUAAUGCGUAUCUUGUUGACCUACGGUCUUGAUCCCGUUUUCAGCACUGUUGAGAACAAACCUUGUCUCAACAUAACAGUUAAAGAAUCAGUGAGAAACCUGCUGAAGCAAAUGGUGGAGUAUAGUACCAAUUUACCAAUAUCUCACUCUUUAAAGCCAACAAGAGUAGAAGAUCCAUCAACCAAUCCAAACUCACAAGGGAAAGACCAUACUGACAAUCCUCUGAGGCAAGGGGAUUGGCAUUGCCCCAAGUGCAACUUUAUGAAUUUCUCUAGGAAUAUCAAGUGCUUGCGCUGUGAUGAAGUUAAUGAAGAGAAAUUGAGGCAAAUACGAGAAGAGCAGGAGCAUCUUCCAUUAAAGAGAGGAGACUGGAUUUGUGACAAAUGUAGUUUCUUGAAUUUUGCAAAGAACACGAGAUGUUUUCAGUGCAAGGCAAAGCCUCCUAAAAGGCAGCUCAAUCCUGGGGAGUGGGAAUGUGAAUCGUGCAACUACUUAAACUUUAGAAGAAAUGCAAUUUGCUUGAAAUGUGACCAUAGACGUCCAAAGGCUUUAAAUGUUUCAAACAUUUCCUUGCGACCUGGAGAUGGGAAAGAGAGAAAGUACGAGGCAGGGGAUGGUGCUAAUUCUCCACCCUCUUUGAGAAGACAGGGGCUGCAUAGAGGUGCAAAUGAUUGGAGAUUCGUGGAUGGGGAAGAAGAAAAUGAAGGUCGUGAGCAGUUAAACUCAGUGGAUGAAUUAUCAAGAUUUAUAGAUUUCCCAAUUGCUGGGGGUAAGAGCGAUUUGUCUCGUGAUCCCCAGAAAAGGGAAGAGUGGAAGUCAAAGAUGGUGGAGAGGAAGGAAAUAGGUGCUGGAGGAGAAACAAAGAGCAGGGAUGUAUUGCAGGCUUGUAGGAUUCCUGCAAGGCCGGAAAGAUCCGAAUGUGUUCGCGAGGAAGAUGAUAUGGUUGAUUGGUUUGGCAUACGUGAUAAACUGUGAAACUCGGCGUCAGUUCAUCCUGUUUGCUGGUGACUAUGCUCUAUUAUACUCAUUUAAUUUGAAUUAAAUUAUCCUUUGGGAAUGAAGUUAAAUUAAAUGAUUUUAUUUAUUUCUGAUCA